AUGGUAUCGAUUAUGUCUACAAAAAUGAGAAAUUAAUUAUUUCUUACGUACCUGACAAAGAUUACUUAAAAAUGAAGGUUCGCCGUCAUAGAUGGCACCGCUGUUGUGCAGAUCGUGGGUGUAACUUUCAAAUGUAUAACUUUAACCUCAAAGUUUCGAAUAAUGGCCAAUCGCACUGUAAAAGAUGCAAAAUCAAUUCGAGGUACAAAUCCACAAUAUUUAGUUGAGAAAAUCAUCAGAUCUCGAGUGUAUGAUUCAAAAUAUUGGAAAGAAGAAUGCUUUGCCUUAACCGCAGAGCUUUUAGUCGACAAAGCUAUGGAGUUAAGGUUUAUAGGUGGUGUGUUCGGUGGAAAUGUGAAACCAACACCGUUCCUAUGCCUCAUAUUAAAAAUGCUGCAAAUACAACCCGAAAAGGAUAUUAUAGUUGAAUUUAUAAAGAAUGAGGAGUUCAAGUAUGUUCGUGCAUUGGGAGCCUUAUAUAUGAGAUUAACAGGAUCAUCUCUAGAUUGUUAUAAAUAUCUAGAGCCACUAUUUAAUGACAAUAGAAAACUUAGAAAGCAGAAUAAACAAGGUAAAUUUGAGCUGAUUCAUAUGGACGAGUUCAUAGAUGAACUUCUAAGAGAAGAGAGAAGUUGUGAUGUUAUUUUACCAAGGAUACAGAAGAGACAUGUACUAGAAGAGAAUAAUGAAUUAGAGGCAAAGGUGUCUGCAUUAGAAGAUGACAUGGAUGAAGGAAUAGAGACAUCAGAGGACGAAGAUAUUCCUCCUGUUAAAGAAGACACACGAAAGAGAACAGAUGAUCACGAACGAGAAAGAGACAGACAUAGAGACAGAGACAAGAGGCACUCGCGAUCGGAUAAAAAGUCUGAUAGAGAGAAACAGCGGUCAAGAAGCAGAGACAGAGAUAGAGAUAGACGAGAACGGAAACGGAGUAAAUCACCGAAAGGUCAUUCAUCCUCGCACAAAGAUAAGGACAGAGAUAAAGACCGACAUAGAAGAGAUGACAGGGACAGAGAUAGAGACAGAGAUCGGGAUCGACGACGAGAUCGCGACAGAGCUCGACAUUGACUGCCAACGUCGAAGGAUUUUUUUUAUCAGAUGUAACAAUCGAACUGCAGAAUUUUAUGCAUUCAUAUAAUAAACAACAACUGGACUUUCAAUAGAAUUUGAUAGUCCCGCGUUACUUUAUAGUUCCGUAAGUUAAUGUCUACAAAAUAAAUUUGUAUAAAAAUACGCAACCUACUAAUAAAAAUCGUUUUUAAUGACAAGGCGAAUAAAAAAUUCCGAAUGGUA